GUUUGAAAUCAGUUGUCAUAUGAAAGUUUGGCAUUGAAAACACAAUUUAUUGAUUUGUUUUUUAAUUUUUAUCAUACGUAGUAAAGAUUUCCUCGAUAUACGCAAGCAGAUUCUGAAAUGGAUAACCUAAGGCUCUAUUUUUGCACGUACAACGUAGGAACCAGUUCCCCGGAGCAGGAUCUCAAGGAACUGCUAUCAAUUAGCGAAAAGAAAAACGAAAAUCGCCCCGAUUUAUUCGUCAUUGGAUUCCAGGAGGUGAAAGCCCAGCCCCAGAACAUGCUAAUGGAUACUUUAUUCGACGAUCCUUGGACUUUUGCCUGCAAGGAGCUCCUUCAACACGAUUAUAUCAAACUCAAAUCCCUUCGACUCCAAGGCCUACUAUUGCUCGUGUUUUCCUUAAGGAAACACAUUCUAAAUAUUAGGGAAAUCGAUUCUGAAUAUACUAGAACAGGCCUGGCCGGAAUGUGGGGCAAUAAAGGGGCAGUUUCUAUUCGAUUGAGCAUCAACGGUUGUUCCUUAUGCUUUGUAAAUGCCCAUUUGAGCGCGCACGAUGAUCAUUUGAAAGACAGAAUUGAUGAUUAUAACAGCAUUAUACAGGACCAGGAGUUCCACGUAGAGGAGACAUCGAAGAUAUUUUACCACGAUUAUGUGUUUUGGUUGGGAGACUUGAACUUCCGUCUGCUGGAAGAAUACGAUAAAACCCCGGAGGAAAUAGAGAGACAAAUCAUCAAGAAAGAUACUAAAUCUCUGUUCGAACACGACCAAUUAAGAUCCGUGAUGAAGAAAGGUGAAGCAUUCAGCGAGUUAACAGAACAGGACCCCGAUUUUCCUCCUACCUUUAAAUUCACUGUAGGAACUCCAUGUUACGAUUUCAAGAGAAGGCCGGCUUGGUGCGAUAGAAUUUUGUACAGGGUAAAUUCGAACAAUUACGAAAAUGUAACUUUAAAAGUCGACCAAUUGUCCUACAAGUCUCAUCCAUCUUACGUUUUGAGCGAUCACAAACCCGUUACAGCUGAAUUUAUUAUAAAGAUUCCACAGCCGAUACUAAAAUUACAAGGAUUAUCAUUACCGCCUGUUGAUCAGGUAUUUUCAGAUUAUUCUGAAUCUGUCAUCGAAUUCGAGAAUAUCGCCGGUUGGGAGGAAGAGGGCGAGAAUAAAGCGUAUUACAGACGCACAAAAGAUAUUAGAGAAACCGCCGAGGAUUGGAUCGGUCUAUUUAAGGAAAACUUUUGCGCUUUGGACGAGUAUGUGACCUACGAGUACAUAAGCAAGUGCGCAACGCCCACGGACGAGAGCACCGGCAGCGGCAAGAAGAGCCAAGAUUCGAGGAAAUACGAAGUGGUGUUCCCCGAUCUGCCGAAUAGAUGUCGAGGGAAUUACUGUCUUGUUUAUUUCAGUCAAACGGAAGAUAAGGUCACCAGCGUGCUGGGCAUAAGUAAUGUUUUUCCGAUCGUUAAACACGACAGCGAUUAAGCUGUUAAUACAAUUGCAGUAUUAUAAAAAAAAAGAGUUCACUUGUUAUUGCAAUCGAUUUCAUUUUCACUUGUUGGAGCCUUCUAGCCAAAUGUUAGACGAACUUAUUAGUUGUUUUACUCUAAUAACGGGUAUGAGGUUAUGAAUUAUUAAAUAAAAAUGGUUAUUUAUUAGUAGGUAAUUAUCGUCGGAUAGCAUUCGUUAAACUGGAUGAAAUUCGAUGAUAACGCUAAUUGUUUUAUCUAUAUUUAGGUAUACAUUCUUUAAAAACUAAUUGAAGAGAAUAUAUUGAAUUCACUUUAUUUGUACAUUUUGCAGAUAUUGCAUUUUUUAUUUUAAGUAAACUAUUGUGAUUAAUUGACUAAAAAAUGCCUCUGAACAAAUUUUAACAACAGCUAUAUAUUUUUCUCUAGUCUCUUUUGGCUUGUACCUGAACUAUUUUUUCGUAAUCUUAGGGCAGUUAAACCAUUAACAUACAGCAUCAAGCAUAUUUUAGUAUCUAAUAAUCCUUAACUAAACCAAAUAAAUACGACUAUUCAUAUACUAUUAACGUUAAGUUAACUAACUACCUAUAAACCAGUGAUUUCAUAUGUACAAGGGCACUUGUAUACUUACCUUAUAAGUACGCUUGCAAAUUUAAUUAAAUACCCGCUUUCCAAAAAUAAUGCUUAUAUAGUUAUUGAAAAUGAUAAAAUUUAAAGAAUCGUUACAUCAUUUUUAUACCGGUGAUUUGUUUAUUUAUUUCUUUUAAACAGCCAAGGAUUCUUUUAACGACAGUGACCAUGACUUGCAUUAAAAAUUUAAUAGUUUUCAGGACGUUAUUACGAUUAAAAUUAGGCGUGUAAGGAAUUAAACUAACAAAAGCUCUAAAUAUAGGUUGAAUAGUAUUAAAAUUGAAACUAACUUGUGAUGGUAAUCUAUAUUAUAUUUCUAUAAUAAAUACAUCGUUGGUACCCUGCCAAAAUCGAUAAAUUGAUUAAUUCGUAUCGUAUCGUGUGGGUAUUUCGUUUUAGGUGUAAUAAAAUUGUGUUGAAUUUAGAAAAUGUUGAUUCACGUUGAGUACAAAUCGUUGUUUGCAGUUUACCGACGAUGUUAAGCACUUAAUUAGAUGUGCCUUUCGAUUAAAUUUUCUACAUUCAAAUGCCCAAUGUAUGUAGUUUAAAGGAUCCCUCCAUUUUAUGUUGUGUGUUAUUUGUUGCAAUGUAUUUUUAAUGAAAUAUUUUACGUCCUUAUAAUGCAAUGGCUUAGUUCUUGAACCUUCUCGAAAAUAAUUUCGCAAAGGGAAUAAAAAACGAGCAGAUUCUGUACUUGAUUCAGUAUUAAGAUUUGAGUAUACUUAUUUAUUAAAAAGUGAGUAUUUGUUUUUUUAUAUUUUAUAAAGCGUAUGUUAUUUUCGAGAAUCAUUAAAAUUUAUUUCCUUCCAGACAUGUAAUUCUAGAUAUCAGGUAGAAUUGAAUUGUGGAAAUAUAUUUAUCGAACCUGCUCGUUAAAGCACUACCUGAUAUUAUGAAUACAUCGUAGGCUUGUUAAUUUUUUUACAAAACUUUAUUUUGUUGCCCCUUUUUAUUUGUAAAAUUAUAUUUUUGUACUAUGGGAAUAUAAUUUAA